AUAGUUAUUUUGUUCCCACAACAAAACUUCUUUGCUUUACCUUUCCUUUCCUCUUGGAAAACUUAUACACCAAAGAAAUUCUAUCUUUCCUUUCUCUUUUUUAUAUUCCUAAAAACAGUUCUCAAUUUUUUCUUGAAAGCCUCAAACACACUCUGAAAAACUGAAAACAUUGUCGGUUCAAUAUCUUGUAGUGUCCACUUGAGCUUGCAAAUAAAUAUUCUUCAUCUUGGUAUUUGUGUAUGCACUUGUUCUGUAUUGUUCUACACUGAAUUAUGCAAGCAACUUGUUUUUUUGUAACACAUGAUUUAGUUUAGAGGGUAAGAAAAAUCAUAGCCAUCAUGAAGUUUAUGAAACUAGGAUCUCGUCCAGAUACUUUCUACACUUCAGAAACUGUAAGAACAAUCUCUUCUGAAGUUUCUAGUGACCUUAUAAUUCAAGUUAAGGGAAGUAGAUAUCUUCUUCACAAGUUUCCCCUGCUAUCCAAAUGUUUAUGCCUGCAAAGAUUAUGCUCAGAAUCACCACCUGAUUCAUCUCAUCACCAAAUAGUUCAACUUCCUGAUUUUCCUGGUGGUGUGGAAGCAUUUGAGGUUUGUGCUAAGUUCUGCUAUGGAAUCACAAUCACUCUAAGUCCUUACAACAUUGUGGCUGCAAGAUGUGCUGCUGAGUAUCUUCAAAUGACUGAGGAAGUUGAAAAAGGAAACUUGAUUCACAAGCUUGAAAUUUUCUUCAACUCUUGCAUUCUCCAUGGUUGGAAGGAUUCCAUAGUGAGUCUUCAGACCACAAAAGCGUUGCAUUUGUGGUCUGAAGACUUAGGAAUCACUAGCCGAUGUAUCGAUGCUAUUGCCUCAAAAGUGUUGAAACACCCUACAAAGGUGAGUUUGUCACAUAGUCAUUCAAGGAGGGUGAGGGAUGAUGUAUCUUGCAAUGAUACAGAAAGUUUGAGGACCAAAACAGGAAGUAAAGGAUGGUGGGGUGAAGAUUUAGCAGAACUUAGCAUAGACCUUUAUUGGAGAACAAUGAUAGCUAUCAAAUCUGGUGGAAAAGUUGCUUCAAAUCUCAUUGGUGAUGCAUUGAAAGUUUAUGCAUCUAGAUGGUUACCAAAUAUUUCUAAGAAUGGUGGAAAUAGAAAGAAGAAUGUUUCUUCUGAGUCUGAUUCAGAUUCUGCUAGUGAAGUAACUUCAAAGCAUAGGCUUCUUUUGGAGUCAAUAGUGAGUUUGCUUCCAAUAGAAAAAGGUGCUGUUUCUUGUAGCUUUUUACUAAAACUCUUGAAAGCUUCCAAUAUUCUCAAUGCUUCUUGUUCAUCUAAGAUGGAAUUAGCAAAAAGGGUAGGCCUUCAAUUGGAAGAAGCAACAGUGACUGAUCUUUUAAUACCUUCACUUUCAUAUACAAAUGACACAGUCUAUGAUGUUGAGUUGGUGAUGACAAUAUUGGAACAGUUCAUGUUACAAGGACAAAGUCCACCAACAAGCCCUCCAAGAUCAUUGAAAACUUUCGAAAGAAGACGGUCUCGUUCCGCAGAGAAUAUUAACUUUGAGUUUCAAGAGAGUAGGAGAUCUUCUUCAGCUUCUCACAGUUCAAAGUUGAAAGUGGCGAAGCUUGUUGAUAGGUACCUUCAAGAAGUUGCAAGAGAUGUGAAUUUUUCACUGUCUAAAUUCAUUGCUCUUGCUGAUAUUAUACCAGAUUUUGCAAGACAUGAUCAUGAUGAUCUCUACAGAGCCAUUGAUAUUUAUCUUAAGGCUCAUCAAGAACUGAACAAGAGUGAAAGGAAAAGACUAUGUCGAAUUCUCGACUGCAAAAAACUGUCAAUGGAAGCAUGCAUGCAUGCAGCACAAAAUGAGCUACUUCCAUUAAGAGUUGUUGUACAAGUUCUGUUCUUUGAGCAAGCUAGAGCAGCGGCAACAGGUGGAAAAGUAACAGAAUUACAAAGCAAUAUCAAAGCAUUGCUUACAACACAUGGUAUUGACCCAUCAAAACAUACAACACAGUUAAGCACUACACCUACAAGUAUACAUGGUGAAGAUAAUUGGAGUAUUUCUGGAUUCAAGUCACCAAAAUCAAAGUCUUCAACACUUAGAAUGAAGCUAGCUGAGGAUGAUGAAUUAGAUGAAAUUGAAAAUGGUUUGUCACAUGAUGGAAUUGGAAUUGGAAUUGGAAGAAACUCUAGAUUUAAGUCCAUUUGUGCUAUUCCUACGCAACCAAAAAAAAUGCUUAGCAAAUUAUGGUCUACCAAUAGAACUACUACUGAAAAAAAUUGAAUGAAAUUUGUGUGUUAUGUUAGUUUUUUUCUUUCUGUUGGUAAGUGUAAUUUAGAGUGUAACAUGUCAUAUACUCUAUUUUUGUUUAUGAAGAAAGCCUUGUACCUUGUAGGAGAAUCAAAGAAUCUCUUAAUGUAUGUGCAUUGUUGAUGUAAACUUAUAAUAAUGAUGAUAAUAAUAAGAUUUUCUCAAACAUGAGGGGAAAUAAAAUCUCUUGGGUAAUUCUCAUGUCA